GCAGUGCUCCUGGUCUGCAGCAGCUGAACACGCUCUGAGAGAGCACAAUACAACGCGGAGCCACUGUGGGAGAGAGAGAGCGAGCGCCGGGGUAGAGAGACCCUGGUCCAGAGCGGCGCAGCCAAGGAGACGCACAAAUACUCUUCCCCCAAAUCCCCAAGUCUGCGGAACGAGGGAGGGAGGGACAAACAAAAGCAUUCCACGGCUUUCACUCAAGGACGAGCAGAAAACCUCCAACAAUACAGUUUGUUUCGGAGACGGGAUCCAGAGGAGCAGCGUGACGGGACGGCGCAGCAUCUCCGACGGACGCGUCGCAGCACCGAGCGCAGCUCCGUGGAUGCGAACGUGGAGGAAGGACUCGAGCACACGCACGACGACGAUGGGGAUCACGUGGCCGCUGCUGCUUUCCCUCGGCUUCUUAUUGCACCCCGUCACCUCGACGGAUGACCCCCCCCCCAGCACCACCAACCCCCCCACCGAGCUCCCAGCAGCCCACGCCAUGCCCACGGUAGCCACCACCGCUGCUCCCACCACGCACACAGUCAGACCCACCGCGGCGACGGCGGCGGCGACGAAGACGACGACGGCGAAGAUGACGACGGUGGCAGCAACAACGGCAGCAGCGACAACGGCAGCGACAGCGGCAACAACGGUGGCAACAACAAUGGCAGCGACAACAGCAGCAGCGACGACGGCAGCAGUAGAAGAAGCAGCAGCAGCAGCGACGACGGCAGCAGAAGAAGAAGCAGCAGCAGCGACGACGGCAGCAAUUACAACGAUGCCUGAAAACAGUCCCACAGGGGCCACAGCCAUCGCCCACAAACACACGACCCACAGCGUGAGCAGCCGGGCGCCGUCUGACAGCAGCCCUGCACACGUGGCUGCAGAGACCGGCGCCACCACCAUGAACCCACUGGACAGGGGCACAGAUGCAGUGAGCACGCGUCCUCACACUGAGGGGCCCUCGGUGCAGCCGACCACUGCUGCGGUGGCACCCAGCGACUCACACACCUUUGGAGCUCCCCUCGGAACACAGCAGACAUCCACAAGCGGAUCCGGAACCAGAGGCAGCGCCACAGAGAGAAUUGAAAUGACAAGCACAGAUGUUACCAUGCCAACAACAGCAGCAGGGUCACAACAGGAAUCAAAGGGAACCGCUGGACCCGGAACCAUCAGCAUUACCUCACACCUGAACACUCCCACUCCCACUGCAGUUCUUCCACCCUCAUCAACAACCAGAACCCGGCGCGAGCCACUGGACACCACCUCCGUCCCAGCACCGGCAACAACCGGCCCUGCAGAACCUCAGUUAAAGACCUUUGAGUUUUCUCUAAAGAGUAAAAACGAGGAGCAGAGAGACUUUGUGGAGGUGUGCAAGCGGCUGAUGGUGAACAUGGAGGACGGGAAGUGCAUUCUGAAAUGGCAGAACAACAGCAAUAAAGUACAGUUUGAAAGUGUAGAAAUAUCUGGUACAGGGAAGCUCACUCUGGCAAAUCAGUUUCACAAUGAACUUACAAAGAAGCCCAACGACAGCACCACGCUGAUCGCCAUCCUCACCUCCUGCGGAGCUCUGCUCAUCAUGAUCAUCUCCCUGGCUGUGUGCGCCUCUCACCACCGCAAGCCUUACAGCGAGACCCAGCAGCACCUGACAGAGGAGCUGCACACGGUGGAGAACGGUUACCAUGACAACCCCACGCUAGAGGUGAUGGAGGUGCAGCCGGAGAUGCAGGAGAAAAAGAUGGCGCUGAACGGAGAUUUCAACGACAGCUGGAUCGUUCCUAUUGACAACCUCCUGAAGGAGGACCUUCCUGACGAGGAGGACACGCACCUGUAAACACCACCAAAUGGACAAAACGAGGACACAACAAAAGGACUCGGAGUAAAGAUCCAACACAUCAGACACGGUGAGCUUAAAACUGUACCGUAGGAAUUUACCAAGUUAAUCACUGUUGUGCCUUUUUACAAUGAGGCUCACGUCAAAGCAUGGAUUACUUUAAUUGACAACUAAUGAGAGAGCUGGUGAAGACAUUAACAUCUGCCUGUUGGAAUCUCAUUCGCACGGUAGUAAAAUGUUUUUACAGUCAGGGAAACUUGUGCCUUUUUCACUACUGUGCUCCUUUAGAGUCGCCUUCAAUCGCGGGAUGAGGGGACGAUUAGGGAGGUUUAACGUCAGCCUUACUGACACUAAAAUGACUAACUCACAUAGACGACUUCAGGAAGCUGUGAGCUUCCUGGUGAUUUUCCACUAGUAUGUGACUGUGUCAGCUUUGAGAAACCUUCCAGAAGCCAUAAGAGCCCCUCUGGUACAAGUUCGGACUAAUCUUAGAACGACAAAGACAAAUGGUUCUGUGGAAAAAAGUGAAACAAAGGGAAUCAUUCAAACGAUAUUAUGAAUAAGCUGUCUGGAACUCUGCAUGGGUCAUACCACAAGUAUAUUUUGUGUUAUGUGUACUUUUCAUCUCAUGAUGAGUUAUUUUAAGUAUUAUGUGAUUAAAAUGAUUGAUGUUUAAAGAAAAAUACUCCAGCUGCGCUUUUAUGAAUAAACUAAACAGUUUUCUUAGCAUGAGUCAACGAUUAUUAAGGAAACAUCAAAACUACACUAUCUGUACUAUACAGGUGAAGUACCAGGGAAUAUUUGCUGGUUUUCCUGGUCACUGAGAAGAAGUACGUAAUGUCACAUGAUCGAAAUGAUGUAUGUUAAUGGUUGUUUAAUACAUUGAAAGUAGUAUUCCUAAAUCCCAUAGAAUUGCUUUAUAUGCUGAAAUACAGUUGCUGGAGAGUCCGAGUCAAAAAUUAGAACUCUUCCUGAAGAACCUGGACUCAGAUUUUUGUUUUUAAUUUGUUUUGUUCAGUAUUUCUACAAAUCAGGUAACAUACAUUUAUUAUCACUUUCACAAUAUACACAUUCUUCACCUUGGUCACUACAAGUCAGUAUUUGUGUGUGUUUUUUAUUGUGUGUUCCACUUUAUUAUAGCUGUUUCAUUUUCACCAUGUUCAUUACAAGUAUUUGAUAUAUUUAUGGUUUGUUUAACGAUAAUAAAAAACAAAGGGCAGGAGUCUAACACACUGGAAAAUGUAAAAUUGUUGAUUUUUUUUAAUCUGAUCAAAUUUACAAAUAAAGGACGUUUUUUUCUG